AAUUGAAAACUAGUACCAAUUUUUCAGCGAAAGUAGAGCAGUUUUGGAGCCAAUUUUUAAUUUAAAUUUGAAUUUAGAUUUACCUUCUUCUUUUUCUUUGAUUACUUACUGACCAAUAUUAAAAAUGUAUAAAUUCAAAUUAAGAAAAUAACCUUUAGAAUAUGAAGGUUAUUUCAAAAUGUAAACCUAAUGACGAGGCAAGUCGUACCUACGAGACAUUCCGCUAGCGCAGCCCUGGCGGACAUCGCCCCAUUUGCCCCUUUGGAUCGAACGAUUGCGUAGUCGCGCUACAGCCGCAGGCCUUCUAGCCCUAUAUUUAUUUAUUUUUUAGUUGUAUCCAGUGGCAAUUCUAAAUUUGAAAUCGAUUUAUACUUUUAAUUUAUGCAUCAUUGACGCCUUUCAAAAGUUGAUAUAAAUUACGUGUAAAAUGGAAGAUUCAUACAUAAUCGCCAAUUUCCAUGCUCUAUGUCGAUUGUGUCUGAACAAAAGUACAUUCACAACAUCGAUAUUCGGUGUUGCACCAGAUGAUGAAACCAAUGUAUCUUUAACCUCCAAAAUAGCUGAAUGUUUCGAGCUACAGGUUGACCCUAAUGAUGGACUCCCUGGAAGAAUUUGUUACAAAUGCUUAUUCAAAGUAGAUAAAUGUUGUAAAUUUAAGUUGCAAUGCAUACAAAACGAAAAUAGACUUAGAGAAAUUACAAACAGGGCAAAUGACCUGGAUAAUUCUAACUCAUCUGAGCAAAGCAAUUAUAAUUAUAAUAGUCAAGAACUACAGAAACCAAAACCUGAAGAGUAUAUAGUUGAAGAUAGUGUUGUGAUGGUUGUUGAUCCGAGCCUUGAUUAUGAUUCUUCUGAGGAAUCUGAGAACUUGGAGCAAGUUGAACAAGAAGUAGCUGAAAGGGAUAAUACUCCUGAAGGUGACCCUAUGCCAGAGUCCUUUUUAAAAAAUGUUUUUAUGUGUCAGUAUUGUGAUCAAGCAUUUAUUUCUCAAGAAAAAUGUAAAGAACAUGAAUUAAAUUGCCAUGAUCCUAAUUUACCAUAUAGGUGUGUUGAAUGCAGUCUAGUGUUUGCAGAACGUAGUCAGUAUGUACAACAUACUAAACAAGUUCAUGGCAAUGAUAAGCCAUACCACUGUCCAGAAUGUGAAAAAUGUUUCGGCAGACGUUCAGAUUUAAGAAAACAUUCAAUUGUACACACUGGUAUUAGACCUUAUCAAUGUCAGUACUGCUUGAAAAGUUUCUCCCGCAAUACUAAUUUAAGUAAACAUCUUCGUAUUCAUGCAGGUCAUAAGCCACAUGUAUGCCCUUUAUGUCCUAGAAGCUUUGUUGGGAAAGGAGAUUUACAGCGUCAUGUACUAGUCCAUUCAGGCAUGAAACCAUAUGCAUGUAGGAAAUGUCCUUUGACAUUUGGCCGACGAGAUAAACUUCUUAAGCAUGAAGCUAGACAUGGUCCAAUAAGUCCAGAACACAAAUCCAAUGAAUAUGAAAAUGACCAAGACACACAUGAUAUGGUAGUUAAUGUUAAUCCUUUCAACAACCUUAUGACAUCACCUUCUCAACUUAAUCCUGAAUCUUCUAAUACUGAAUAUGAUUUACCAAGAGUUCCAGACCACAUUUCUGGAGAAAGUAGUUUUAUAAAUCAAGUCCAGAAAAAUCCCUGCACAUCAUCUAAACAUGUACAAAAUUCACCUCCAAAACAGAAGUCAGUGAUUACAAACAAAAACAGACCAAAGAAUAUAAAGUGUCAUCAAUGUCCUAAAAGAUUUUCGUCACUUGAUGCUUACAAAACUCAUGUAUCUAUUGCUCAUGUAGGAUCAAGGGUAUUUCAGUGUAAAAUUUGUUUUAAAAAGUUUGCAAGAAAAAGAGAACUAGAUCGCCAUGCAACAUUGCACUCUGGGGUGAAACCAUUUGCCUGCAGUCAAUGUGAUAAAAAGUUUACAAGGAAAGAUAAGUUAGACAAACAUGAAGAAACUCAUGAAAGCUUGGUUGUGAAUCUGCCUUGCAUAGAAUGUGGUGCCACCUUUGAAAAAAAAGCAGACUUAGUAGCACAUUUGAAGUCCCAUUUUACAGAUAACUUCGAUGAGAAGUGUCUGGAGACUCAAAUAAAAAAGGAGGAAGAUUCAGAAUUCCCCGUAGAAGAUAACUUCUAUGAUUUAGAAACUUGAAACUUAGACUCAACAUUUAACAAAUGUUUUAACAUAAAUAUUUAGUUAAUUUGAUGUGUAACAUAGUAUAUUCGUACUUAAUGUAAAAAACUUGUAGAAACUUACACUGAAUGUUGAACAAAUAAUUUUUAACAAUGUAUCUUGACCAUAAUCUUUAGAGUACAUGAACUAUUUUGUUAAUUACUAUUGAAAUGAAUAUUGCACUGAAUUUGCACACAUUUUAUUAAGCAUAUUCAAAUCUUUUUUUUUUAUUAUGCACAAUGACAUUAUGUAAACUUGAUUAUUGAUUGCAUAAUUGUUGAUUGUGUGGAUAAAGCACAGAGAUUGAAGAAUAACAAUUGUUUUGUCCGCCAGUAUGUCGGCCUAUUUUAUUUUAUGAAUUUAAGAUUGGCGAAGUUAUUAUAUGUGUAUUCUUUUACAUGUAAAGGAAUAUUAUAAUAAUGUAGUUAGAAACUUAAUGUACAUAUAAUGGGGAAAAUAAAACCUUAUGUAGAUAGGUACUUACUAUCUAGACAAUUGGUAAAUAAUUAUAAUCAUACACAUGAUUGAAGAAAAAUAAGUAAGUACCUCUACUGUAACUCCUCAAUAUCUGACCCAGAGGCAAUGUUUUAACAUAAGUAGUAAAUCUGUAAAAAUCAACAGUAAGCUUUGACGCAAACUUGUGUUCGAAUUUUACUUAAUGUAUCUAUAAUAUGCAAAUCAAAUACCAUAUGUCCAUAUUUAAGUAAUAAAAAUGCAUAUAAGUAUUUUAAAAAUUGUAAUCUAAUUAUCUAGAUUAUAUUCAAACUAUAUUUAUCAUGGUUUAACAAUGACAAUUUUAUUAUUAUUUUUAUUAUGAUAAAAUGGCCUAUGAGGUGACAAUUACAUACAGCACAUCACAAUGGUUAAUUAAUUGUUACAUUAAGUAUUUCAAAAAUAUUUAAGUAUUAAACUUACUGUGAUUUAAAAAAAAAAAACUAUUAACAGAAUAGAAAAUAAUCCUUUUUAUUUAAUUACUAAGUUGUCUGUAUUAUUAUUAUUGUCUGUUAUAUCAAAUGGUACCUAAUUUAGCGAAAAUUUUGAGCAAUAAAAGUUGUCAUACCAUAA